AUGGGCGAAUCUCGGCAAGAGCUUCUAGCAUGGGUGAACAACCUUUUGCAGCUCAAUCUCACCAAGGUUGAGCAGUGCGGCACUGGCGCCGCCUUCUGCCAGAUCUAUGACAGUAUCUUCCUUGAUGUGCCCAUGUCCCGCGUCAAAUUUAACGUCAACACGGAGUAUGCGUACAUCCAGAACUUCAAGAUCCUUCAGAACACCUUCACCAAGCACAACAUUGACCGCCAGAUCCCCGUUGAGCAGCUCGUCAAGUGCAAGAUGCAGGACAACCUCGAAUUCCUGCAGUGGACCAAGCGCUUCUGGGACCAGUACUACCCGGGUGGAGAGUACGACGCUGUGGGUCGGCGGAAAGGAGCUGCGCUGCCGCCCAGCACGGGUCCGGCGCCGCGGUCGUCCAGUAGUGCGGCGUCCCGUCGUCCUGCGGGUGGCUCGACGCCUACAACCGGCCCUCGUCUCGGCGUUAACAGGUCUGCGGGCGCUGGGGCUGCGAGCGCGUCGGCGGUUGCGGCCGCCAAGGCUCAGCUGGAGCAGGAGAAUGCUACUCUCAAGGAGACUGUCGUCGGCCUGGAGCGCGAGCGUGAUUUCUACUUCAGCAAGCUCCGCGAUAUCGAGCUGCUGAUCCAGCAGGCUAUUGAGGAGGAUCCAGAGCUCGAGAAGCAGGAGGAUGGCCUGGUCAAGCAGAUCCAGACGAUCUUGUACUCCACCGAGGAGGGCUUCGAGAUCCCCAACGAGCAGGACCAGCUCGACGACCAGGAGACGUUCUAA